AUGCCGAAAUAUGCAAAAUUUUUAAAAGAUCUUCUAAAACGAAAGGAUAGGUUAGGAGAGGUUUCUAACAUCCCCCUUAGUGGAGGGUGUUCCGCUGUAGUGUUGAACAAGGUCUCGGAAAAAUUGACGGAUUCGGGCCUUUUUACCAUCCCGUGCUUGUUUGGGAAUGAUACCGAGUGUAGGGCCCUAGCCGAUCUAGGAGCGAGUAUAAACUUAAUGCCAUAUUCCAUGUAUGAGAGGUUAGGUGUAGGAGAGUUGUCCCCUACACGCAUGUCUUUGUCUCUAGCCGAUAGAUCCGUUAAGUAUCCACGUGGUAUAAUCGAAAACCUUCUAGUCAAAGUGGAUAAAUUCGUCUUUCCCGUAGACUUUGUCGUUCUUGAUAUGGAAGCCGACGAAAAGGUUCCUAUCAUUCUAGGACGCCCUGGAGCCGACCUAGUGGAGAGUAGGAUAGAUGAGGUAGUUGAGAAGGUAGAGGAAGUUGUGAGUGAGAGCGAGGGAGUGGAAGAGGACGAGUGGGUUCCCGAAGUGCUAGAAUUGAGUGAGAUCAAAAGUGAGAGUGAGAGUACACCUAUAGAGAAACCCGCCCCAUUAGAACUCAAAGUCCUCCCGUCCCACUUAGAAUAUGCUUUUUAG